AUGUCUACGCAUGCUUGGGAAGAUACUUGGAGUGAACAGGGUCCCCUUGUCCAGUUGCUUUCGUAUAGGUUCAUUAAUGGCAAUGGGUUUCAUAAUAACUCUACGGUUUAUGAUCUCACGCAACGGUUUGGUAUUGCGUGGCCGGAUGAAUGGGUACAACGCUUUCCCCAGUUGCAGCAUAUUGUGAUCCCUUCUCCUAGUCCUGAAGAGGAUACGAUUAGGUGGCUUGAUCCUUCUAAGAAUCGGCAGCUUUUUGAGGUGAAGGUGGCGUGGAAUACUCUGCAAGAAGUGGUUUCGGUUGUGCAUUGGCACAAGGUGGUUUGGAAUAAAGCAUAUAUACCUAAACAUGCUCUCUUCAUGUGGAUGGCUUGUCAAAAAAGAUUACCGACCCAAGACCGCAUUUGCCAGUGGAAGCAUAAACCCCCUGAUCUAAAAUGUGUUUUUUGCCACUUGGUGAUUGAAACACAUAAUCACUUAUUCUUUGAGUGCAACUAUUUGUAUAGUAUUUGGGAAGUGAUAAAGAGGGAAUCAGGGAUCCAGAUAUGUCCGAACAAUUGGGAGGAUAUCCUUAAUAUGGGGCUUUUUUACAAGGGUGGAAAUUGUGGUCUACGGUUCAAAAACCGGGUAUCUCGGCUACGGUAUAUCACAUAUGGAUGGAAAGGAAUAGAAAGUACUUUGACAAUAAUAACCGCACUGGUGCUCAAGUUGUGGCUGAUAUUAAAACACAGAUUCUUCAAAGAACGGCGUGGAAGACAAGGAAGAAGCUUAUGA